AUGCCUCCACGUAACAAAGGUCCUACCCCACAUCAAAUAUCGUCUCGAUUACAAUACUCUCAAGGCGUUCCUUCCUUCCUGAGACAACUUCAAUCCCAAGUUGGCGGACAACUAUCGUCUCAACGAUAUGGUAGAGGCGAUAAUGAUGACGAACCCGAAAUAGCAAACAUGCCUCCCGACGAGGAAGACGGGAACGUCUAUAAUCCAGAUUGGGACAGGGACGUCUCGUCCAGCGGUCGACCGCCAAUACCGUCUCGGCCUCCCAUCCCCACGCGUCCCGGGGAAUCAAGCAAACCUAAUGGAGGAAGGAACGGGACUCCUAGCGAGGAUGAAGAAGAUAGUGGGGAUGAGAAACCACAGAUUGUUGUUUUGAAAGAGGGAAAACAUCUUAGUGCCAAGGAGGUUGAACGCGAAAAACGACGAGCGCAAGGCCUGCCCGAUGACGAGUCAGAGCCCGACGAGAAAUCCACAGAAGCACCUGAAGCCAAAGCGAAGCCCUCUAAAGCAAAGUCGAGUACCUUUUCUGACCCUCACGUGUCUACUGGAGCCAAACCAAAAGCCAAGAGAAAGAUCAUUGGCGAUGGUGCAGGUAGUCAGGGAGAUAAAGACAAAAUUUCCGAAAAACCGAAAAAGAAAAAGGCGAAGAAAGAAACCAAACUCUUAAGUUUUGGUGAUGGGGAAGAUUGA